GGAAGGCUGGGAAGGUUCUGAGGUUCUGACCCGCGGUGCCGCUGUCUCUCCUCAGCUCCCUGGGGAAUGUUCUGGAAGGCCGGGAAGGUUCUGGAAGGCCGGGCAGGUUCUGACCCGCGGUGCCGCUGUCUCUCCUCAGUUCCCUGGGGAAGGUUCUGGAAGGCCGGGAAUGUUCUGGAAGGCCGGGAAGGUUCUGGAAGGCUGGGAAUGUUCUGGAAGGCCGGGAAGGUUCUGGAAGGCCGGGAAGGUUCUGACCCAAGGUCCUGGUUCUGACCCACAGCUCCCUGGGGAAUGUUCUGGAAGGUCGGGCGGCACUCAGGACCUGCUUCGACAGCGCCUUCUUCCUGCGGCCCCGGGAGCAGAUGCAGGUCCUGGAAGGGCACCUCUACACAAGGACGCUGCAGGCCAUGGACACCAUGCUGCAGGAGAUGCUGCUGGGCUCUCCCCGCGCCGGCGCCGUUCUCCAGGAUGUGCUGGAGGUUUUGCUGGAGUAUUUCUUCUUCGACACCGCGGCCGUGCAGGAAAGAGUGAUGGGCAGGAUUAAAGUGCUGAGCCGUUUUCUGUCCGACUCUUCCAUCGUGCAGACGGGUGGGGAGGAGGAGAGCGGCGCUGCCGGCGGAGAGAUCCCGGCGCUGGGCAAGCUGCUGGGCCAUCUCUUCUUGAAGUUGUUGAGGAAAGAGGAGAGCAGCGGGACGGUGGUGGAGAUCCUCUGCUCGCUCAUGACCUUCCUCUCCCGGCAGAAACGUAAGGAAUUGGCUGAGGGAAUUCCGGAAAGUUCCGCGCGUCCUCCAUGUUGCCGUCCCUUCUCUUCAGGCACCAAGCUGCCAGAGGUGCACGCGGAGCUCCCGGCGUUCUGGGAAGCGGAGAUCGCUUCCUACCUGGAUAUGCCCAGCAGCUGGACGGUUCAGGCCUUUGGGAGAUACCUCAGGCCUGCUGAGAGGACAGACAUCAUCCUCACCGCCAUCGAGAUCCUGGGACGCUCCAGCCUCCUGGACAAGCGGGUGCCAAUGGAGUUCCUGGAGGUGGCCAUGAAAUCCCCUGAGCUGUGGCUGGUGGAUGUGCCAAAGGUGGUGAGACACAUCUUCACCUACUGUGACGAGAAAAACGCCACAACCGCUCGCUGCUUCCAUGCCCUGCUCGCCCUCAUGGCCGACCUGUGGCCCGGGCUGGUCGUCACCACAGCUCUGGAGGCCGCGCCGAUACUCAGCGAUAAAGUCUGUCUGUGGGAGGCCAUGUUCUCCGUGCGCCAGUCUCUGGAGAAGGUUCUGAAGGAGCUGCACAUGAAACUCUGGGACCACCAGAAGGAAGUCUUCACUCAGCAGCAGAAGUCCUGCUUCGCUUUCUUGGCUGUGAGUCACCAGCUGAAAUUCCAAAACUCCACGUGGGGUUUUUUGUUUUCCACGCCAGCUCCGCCCGGGCUCUCUGCUGCUUCCUUCCAGAUGUUGGCCUCUGGAGACGUGCUGGAGAAGAAAGUGGGCUCGUUGUACAAGAGCCUGAAUCUUCUGAGGUCUUCAAGGAUGGAGAUGGUUCCUCUGGUGCUCAGGGCCCUGGUGACGCUGUCGGAGGGUGCCGAAACGGCAAGGAAAAUGAGAGGCCUCCUCCCCGAGCUGCUGAAAUUCCUUUGGCAUUGGUCCUGGGACGUCUCGGUGAUGGCCAUGGACACCUGCCUGAACGUGCUGGGCCAGCUGAGGAGCAGCGAGGCCAGCCCCGUGGUUGCCAAGGUGGUGCAGAACCUCUGGCGGCUCUUCGACGCGGAGCAGGAGCGCGUGCGGGAGCGCUCCAUCCGCCUCUUCCGAGAGCUGCUGGGCAAAACGGCCUGGAGCGACGGCAGCGCCGUCCGCAGAAACUCCUGGAACGUUCUGGUGCCGCUGGUGCUGCACAUGAGCGACCAGGCCCCCGGCGUGGCCAAGGUACGGCCUGGAAAUUCACAUGAGCUGGGCCCUUCUUUAUGAAAUUCAGCUGUAAAAUAAUAAUGUGGAGUUA